AAGACACGCCCCAAAUGGUGUGAAUAUUUCUAAGAGCGUAGACAAAAGUACACCCUUCGUGGUUUGUGUGCUGUUAUCGCCUGCAUGUGUGCGGCAUGUGACGUCACGACAGAUAGUUGGGCGGCAACUGCGAGCGCCAAGCAACUUGUAACACGUGACGCCCCCCGAGUGUAUAUUAUCGGCCAGCACACUUAACAAGUGGCUCUUUCCUUUCGUCCCCUGGAGCGCGGCUCGUCGAAUGUUCCUUCCGACACGCAUGCGCGUCGCGCUCGUAUGCAGUGCCCCUACACGGUGUCAGAAGUGGGCGGUGGUCAACGUAUCUCGCUGAGGCCAUGGACGGUAGCAUUUCCAGAAAAUGGCAAACCAACCCGCAACGGUAAUCCCGGGGCUCCAGCAGCCACCACCGCUGGACUUGGACAAAACGUCAGAGUGGCCGGCGUGGAUCGACCACUUCGAUGAUUACCGCUUCGCCACAGCUCUCAACGAGCGUUCGGGAGAGGUCCAGGUGCGCACGCUACUUUACACAAACGCCAAGCCCGCGAAGUCUUUGCUACAUUUGAGCUGACCGACGAUGAAGCAAAAAGUUAUGAUGUCGCCAAGCAUAAGUUUGACAGUCAUAUCGUCAAAGAGCGGAACAUUGUUAAAGUGCCUGCUUUCACAGACGCCAGCAAUGGCCAGAAGAAUCGAUGGAUUAGUUCGCAACCGCACUUCACGUUCUGGCAGACCGCUGCGACUUUGGGGAUAUGACGAAGAGACUCAUCCGGGACAGGUUUGUCGUCGGGCUCCAAGGCGUGCAACUAUCCGAGGCCUUGCAGAUGGAUCCGCAGCUGACAUUGGCUACGGCGCUGGAUAAGGCGCGCCUCAAGGAAACCGUGCGUCAGCAGCGGCAGAGCCUUCGACCGAAGGUUGUCCACAUCGGGAGCCCGCCAGAACUUCAGGACCAAGGCGUCAUCGUGGACACCGUGGGCCACAAGAAACGACCGCAGCACAAAGAGUGACGGUGCCCCUACUGCGUCGGCGACGCGCACCCGAGGUCGACGUGCCCAGCCAAGGCUUCCAAGUGCCACUACUGUGGUAACAAAGGGCAUUUUGCGAAACCCUGCUUCAAGAAAGUUGGGUCAGCGCAAAGAAAGGUACGCGUCUCGGCUGUCGAACAUGGUACCGGAGAAAAUUGGCGCGAUUGACGCGGCCGGGAAAGCGCGCUAUCUGUAGGUUCCGUUAAACUCUGUGCCUAUCCUUGCUAAAGUUGAUUCGGGUGCAGAAGUGUCAGUCUACCUUCCACAUUUCCAGGAUUGCCCACCCAUUUGGAUAAUGCAGACGAGGUACUACAGGGGGCUGGCGGCAAUAAGCUCAAUGUUCUAGGCAAAUUUGUCGCAGAGAUUGCGUGGAAACAGAGGACUGCCCGACAAACGUGCUAUGUCGUUAGCCCUCUUCGCGACGUACUUCUCGGGCUGCCAGCCUUAGAGGCUUUGGGUAUCGUUAAAUUUGCCGACUCACUCACUGUAGACAAGCAACGGUAUGAGACACUUUUUUUCCGCGCAUAGGUCGUAGUCUAGGCACUAUCCCAGGAGAAUACACUAUCAGGCUACAACUGGACGCAAUUCCACAUGCCAUAACUGUUCCGCGGCAAGUGCCGAUUCCGCUCAUGGAAAGGCUAAAGCACGAAAUCGAGAGACUCGUGCGCAUGGGAAUAAUUAGAAAAGCAGACGGCCCCACGGAUUGGUGCGCAGGAAUAGUCCUGUUAACGAAACGGUCCGGGGGAACUGAGAGUAUGCGUCGACCUCACAAAGUUAAAUAAAAAAUAAGUGUAUCGUUCGUGAGCGCUUCACGCUACCUACGGUCGAUCAAGCAUUAGGCUCUCUGGCGGGUGCGAAAUGGCUUUCGAAGCUUGACGCCUUCGCGGGGUUCCAUCAAGUCCGACUAAGUAGGGACUCUGAAGAACUAACUACGUUCUUGACUCCAUUCGGGAGGUACUGUUUUACCAGACUACCUUUCGGAAUUACAUCCGCUCCGGAGUAUUUCCAGUUUCACGGAAGGCAAACGUUUCAGAAUAUGGGCCCAGUUGAUGCGAGUUAAGCAACAAGUAUUUUCAACAAAGAGUGUGCAUUUGUAGCGUUUAGAAGUGACAAAAAUGCUGUUAAAUGUACAUUUUUGUGUUAGGAUGUUUCGAUACAUUUAAUCAAGUUUAAACGUUGUGAUUAUUGCGAUCUCAAAAUACCAUAUUUACUCGCAUAAUGAUGGAACUUUUUUGUAAAACAAAUUAACGCAAAUUCAGGGCUGCCAUCAUUACGCGGGUUAAAUUUCCCGCAAAAAGAAACGUUUUCAUCCCGUAUUUGCUGCGGGAUGACAACAGGUCAACAAAUAGGCGGCUGCCGCUGUAUGUAGUGCGGGACACUAAAACAAACAUGGCGGCCGGCGGAGCAAGCCGAACGCGAUUUUUUUCUUCUCACCCUUUCCACCUGGACCGCAACCUUGGUAGCGGUGUGUAUGAGAAGAUGGACAUGCAUAUCAAGAAUGCCUUCAUCAAAGCACUGUCUCACUUUGAAACACCCAUAGACAGUGUUCCUGAAGGCUACUGUUCAUUCCUGGAGUAUUACUUUGACCGCCGGCAUCUAGCUGACAAAUUCCUACGGAAGAGUCAGGGAUGCCAUCCGCGUGUCAAGAAUGGCGACUCCAGGAAGGAGCAGACCAAAAAUGGGGGCAAGGAAAAUGAUGCAACUGCUGGUGGCAAUUGUCCCAUGGAAGUGCUGCAGCACCCGAGUGGCGGGCUUCGGCACUUCAAGUUUCGGCCGCAGCAGAAUAUACAGAAUCUGGACCCAGAAAACAUGGAUUCGGAGAUGCUGAAGCCUCUAAACCCACAGAGGCCGAAUCCGUCGCAGCUGGGCCCCAUGUUGCACCAGAGGCAACAGGCUGCACAGGGAGCGCGAUCGCGCCAGGCCAGAAACAAGUGGCAUUCUUCGCGUCACCAGCAACAACAGGGUGCUCAAGCAGAGGGCCAUCCCGGGCUUGCUCCCAAUGUGCCAUAUGAGGGGACUGCACCACCGGGGAUCACCCAGACACAGUUCCAGAGGGUGCCACAGAACAUGGGAACGGCAGGUCUCCAGAUGGGAGCUGCCCCCAGCUCCUUUGUACCACCUCCGCGUUUUGUGGUAGCACCGCCCUUUCGCCCCCCGGGGUCCCUGGGAGCCAACAGCCAGACUGCACCACACCCUGAUGUUCAGGCCUGCAUGCUGGGGCUGCAUCUACAGCAGCCAGCGCAACAGCUGUCGGAAGACAUGGGACACCAGCGAUAUGGCCAGAGGCCCAUGGGUCCACUGUCAUGGCACCAUUUCAGUGGCUUUCUUGGACCAAGGGGGCCCCACAACCUUCCCCCACACUUCGUAGCAAUGCCCCCUCCACCAAAUCAGCAGCAGCCCUUCCUCUGCUGGCCUCCUACGAUGCCGCCGUUCGUUACGAUGCAAAGCCAGCCAGUCUUCCCCAGAGCACUGUGCAGUGACCAUCCAUCACAGCAAUGGGACCCCUCACCACAUGGGAGCCACGAGGUUAAGUCUGUGCCACCGCAAGAUUAGAAAAUCUCUGAAAAAGCUUUUCUUGCACCCAACAUUUACUUGUGAGAAAAUGAGAUUGAGGGACCCUGGCUGCUGCUUCACAUGCGCUCCGUAGUUUCAGGAUUUUUGACCCGUCUAACCCAAUUGGACCGUCCAAAUUUUGGUUGGAACCGACGCCGGAAGCGGACAGACCACGAGGACACCAUUUUCAAGCCGGUGGGUCCACUAUUUUUGGAUUUACUCGAGCUUGAAGAUUUCCCACGUGGCCUGCAGAAGCUAGGCCUAUUAGACCUAACAUGGUAGCGGGACUCCGCGGCCCUCCCAGCCUCGGCCAGCGGCAGAGGAGCCUGCAGCGAUGUCCCGAGUCAUCAAUCCCAACCUAGCACACCUACCACCCCAAGUUUCGACAAGUUUCAUGGCAGAAACCCACGAAAUUAUGAAGAUUUCAGCGAUGCCGCCGGGGAGACCCUCGCCCACAGAGCAGCGGUAACUACUCAAGCCCUGAAAGGCCGCACCUCAGCGAC